ACUCUAUCCAAACACCAAUUACCUAGUAUGUGAUUCCAUCCAGUGCUAAUGCUAAUGGAUCAUCUUUCUGCAGGAAAAGUGCAUGGUUUUUGUUUUGAUGUCUGUUUCUGCGCUGGGAUUAGGCUGAUUACAAGCAAGUGGAUGAAGUAUAUUCAUGUACUGUAUUCCUGAGCAAGAAAAUAUUUCAUUAAUUUAUAAUUUGUCAAGAAUAGGGGGUGGUAGCUUCCUUUUGAACACCUGACGUUUUGUGAUUCUCCUCCUGUGGCUGUACUCUGUAAUGGUAAUGGGAUCCUCUUAUAGGAAAGGGUGAGGCAGUAUUUAUCUUUGUUUCAAACAUCCAUCUAGUACUCAAUUAGUUAAUGCAUCAUCUAAACGAAUAUUUCAGAAUCAGAGUUACAAGGUCAUAAAAUAUUUCUGUUCACACCUGUUGCUGUUGACCUGAGUGUCACUUAAUUUCUGUGAUGGAUUUUUUUAGAAAAUCUAUUUCUUUCUCGUCAAUGCCCUGACUCUCAACCAAACUCUCAAUCAGAUUGAAUUGAAUCUCUUGCUAAGGUUAGGUGGAAUUCGAAAAUUGCAAAUGUGAAGUGGCUUUCAAUAUUUUCUCAACCAGAAUAAAAGCAUUAAGACAGCAGUCAGUGUUGCUGAUCAUUUCUUGCUGAGUACUCCCAACUGUGUCAAUGAGUUGGAUUGGUAACAACCACUGUAUUCUAUAGGCUAUUUAUUGUUUGUUUAAAGUAUUUCCUAGUUUAUGGGUCUGUGCAGAAUGAGAAGUUCCUGUACAUUCUUGAGAAUCACUGGGGAAUCGUUUUUCCCCAUCUCCCAUCUCUUUAAUCUCAAUGAUACCGAAUGAGGUCCCUGUACUGAUCAGACUUGAGGGACUCCUUAUUGUAAUCAUAAAGACCAUUUUCACUGCUUAGAGCUUGACAGUAGAGAGUCAUGUGGUAGAGGAAUCGCACUCCCCAUGUUAAUCAUAAUGGCUUAGAAUUUGCAUUUGUAAUUAUGGCAAUCCUGUGUGCGUUUAUCGUUAUUACUAAAACUGACGGCUGUUUCUGGAGACCCCAUAUGCACAGAAUAAUGUGGAAAUCCAGAAGUUACUGCUGUUGAUUUUUACGCUCCCUCACAGGUUGCACAGUUAAUGUCUUACCCAGACUAAAAUCAAGCAAUGUGUCCCUUUAUACAAUUAGUCGUGUCAAAACUCUUGCUGUAACUGAGUUUCCAAUGGCCGAUCAAGUUCAUAACUACACUUGAACUGUUUCACUGCACCUGAAAAAUGUUGUUUGUGAUGUUUCAAGUUUAUUCACUUAAACAUUCAGCUUCUAUCCUGAUCUUAUGAUCCGUUGCUGUACAAAGGGAGGCAUGGUGGCUCAGUGAUUAGCACUGCUGCCUCACAAUGCCAGGGACCUGGGUUUGAUUCCAUCUCUGGUGAUUGUGUCUGUGUGGAGUUUGCACAUUCUCCGCGUGUCUGCAUGGGUUUCCUCCGGGUGUUCCUGCUUCCUCCCACAGCCCAUGCUAAAUUGCCCAUAAUGCUCAGGAUGUGUAAAUAUGUUAGUCGGGUAAAUAUAUGGGUGGGGAAAUGGGUCUGGGUGGAUUCAGAGGGUCAGUGUGGAGUUGUUGGGUGUUUCCACACAGGGAUUCUUGAAAGAAAAUUGGUUAAAGAGAACAAUCCAAUGCAUUUUACUUGCUUUGAAGAUGCUGGUGUUGGACUGAGGUGUGCAAAGUUUAAAAAUCGCUCAACGUCAGGUUAUAGUCCACUAGGUUUA